AUGCGUGGUCCUAGCCAUGGACCAACAUUCUCCAUGCCCGGCGAAAGCUUCAAUGCGUGGAGAAGCAGUGUUGGCUCUGCUAUCAGCGGUCUUGGAGCAGCAGACGGAGGCAAGGCGGCUCGAAAAGGAUCAAUACGCAAUGCUGUUCGACGAAUAUUUGGCCGCAAGCGUCGGACCAUUGCACAUAUUCCGGAGGAGUCUGCAUCAGGCCUGUCAGUCGUGCCUGGGCAUACAUACCACCAGAAACUGAGGCGAAGGGUGACGCUACCAAGCGUGCAGGCCGAGGAAGAACAAGCGGAGCACGACAAGGAUCCAAUUGACCACGCCACAAACCCUGCGAGGGCUGUCUCUAGGACCAGUUUCCGGCAGUCGGAUGUGAUGCGUACGAGCGGAUUCUACAAUCACAAUCCAACACAAAAGGAGACUGUUGAGCAGGACGGUGAGAGUGAGGCUCCAGAAGAGCCUGUCUACGCCCAGGAUGAACCCAGCCAGCAGCCUGAGAAGAGCAACCACCAUCUGGCACCACCGCCCAUGGACCACAUACCAUGCACCGACAUUCCCGUCCGAGGAGGGUCCCUCCGCAGCACAGGCAGUCAAUAUGCCACUGCCGACGAGCUAAACCAGCACAGCAGUCCCGACCGCGACCAUGAGAGUGACCACCCAAUCGACCUGGAAUCCCGCAUCGCCAACCUCGAAGCCGGCCUAAGCUCCUUCCAAACCUCCCUCAACCGCCUGACGUCCUCUCGCAAUCGCCGCACAAUCGUCGUCGGCCAGGCAUCGAAUCCACGCUCUCCAACUUCCGACCGCACUCCGAGCAUGCUAGCCGAUACCCUCGACCCCUUUACCCAAGAAUACGAGUACAUCAAAGCCCUUCAUCCCACAAGCCCCCACGGUCUCCCUCCAACCCACCCAGAGAGCCUCUUCAACCACCCACCGAAUAAAGCCCUCCCUCUCCCCCAAGUCUCCCCGACUAUGAAGGAGUUUCCGACCCCUCCCCGUAGCACUAACCACCACACUCCAUCUAACUCUCACUCCUCACCCACCUCCCCUACGCAAGCGCACACCUUCCGCUCCCUCUACCUCAUGCUCUCAACCGAACGCUCCGAGCGGCGGAAACUCGAGUCCGACCUCCGAAGCCUGCAGGGACAAGUUCAGGACUUGACAGCCAGACUAAGCGUAACGUCGAAUCACUCUCAGCAUCUUGGUCCCAACGAUACCGAGCGAGGUGGAGAGGGGGAUCCCAGACGCAGUUCGUACCUCCUCAUCGGCUCCUCGGCACGCCUGCAACAACUUCUCGACGAAACAGAUUCAUACCCUGAGUCCUCUCCUUCUCCUUCCCUUGGGCCUUCUUCGCCCAGCCCUUCAUUGAAGAUGAAACGAUCAUCCGGCGUGUUGGAAACUGGAGCACCCGCGGUGAUGAUGAGCAGAUUCAGCGGCAGCGAGAGCGAACUCGGCGUAGGAGUGCGAGAGAUGGACUUUGGAAUUAGCUCGGAGGGCGAGACGCCGUUCGAGACGCCGGGCGAGGAGAGGGUCGGGUAUAACUUCGACUAUGGCGGAGGGGACUGGCAAGUGAGGGAGAGAGAGGUGGAGGCUGAUAUGUUCUGA